CGUCGUCACCUCACUCCCUCCCCUCACUUCCCAACCAAAGAGAUCGAGCUCCAUUAAUGGCGCCUCCCCUAAUUUAGCCGCCGUACUCGUGCACUCGAUGCCGAGACCACGCGGGAACUGUGGGUGGGAGGAGAGGCUUAAGUAGGAAAGCUUAGCGCCAGCUGUGGGAGUCGCGCGGAUUUGGAGCUCAACGACGUGUCGCAUGGGGUACCAGCCCGUACACGGCGGCGGGGCUGCCGGGGCCGGGAGUGGCAGUGGCGGUGGUGGUGGCGGCGGAGGCGGUGGAGAGCAUCUGCACCAGCAUCACCACCAGCGGUUGCACAGCCCGCGGAUAGCCGGGGGUGGGUCGAUGACACGCCGGGCCAACUCGUUCAAGCGCGGCUCCGGCGGGGAGAUCGAGCUCCAGAUCGGCUCCCCGCGCUCGCCGCGGAGCGACGGAAUCGGGAGCCCCCUGGCCGAGUCGUUCGAGGCGUCGGCUUUGUCCGCGGGCGGCGGCGGCCCCGGUGGCGGCCACCACCACCACCACCACCAGAGUCAGCAGCAACUCCGGUUCCGCAUCUUCAAGCGCCCCGGCUCCGGCGCCGGUUCCGGCGAGGUCGUGCUCGGGCUGGGGAUCCGGGAGAGGAGGAGGCUUGGGAACCUGCUGUUCCUCGCGUUCUGCGGCGUGUGCCUUCUUCUCGGCGUCGGCAAGAUCUGGGCGAGCGGGUGGUUCGCCCUCCCCGGCGACGACAGAGACGCUGAUUUGCAGGAUCUAUCUGUCUCCUUCUCCAGUGAUGGAGGGCAUCAAUUUGAUAGCCACUUUGGACAUGUUGGAGGGAAAGAGCGUGACAGGAUGCUGAUGACACUGGAAUCAGAAGACAAUGUUCCUGAGGCAUCUGAUGUCUGGUCCCAGCCAAGCAGCGCAAAGUUCAGACAAUGCAUUGUUUCUAACUCUCAUAAAAGGGAAGAUUCACAUACAAAUGGUUACAUUCUCAUUAAUGCAAAUGGAGGUUUGAAUCAAAUGCGGUUUGGGAUAUGCGAUAUGGUUGCUGUUGCUAAGAUCCUGAAGGCUACAUUGGUUCUACCUUCACUUGAUCAUACAUCGUUCUGGGCAGAUGGCAGUGAAUUUAAGGACCUUUUCAAUUGGAGGCACUUCAUUGAGUCACUCAAAGAAGACAUUGAUAUUGUUGAAAUGCUACCCCCUGCAUACAAGCAUAUUGAGCCUUUGGCUAAAGCUCCAAUAUCUUGGUCAAAGGUGAAUUAUUAUAGAGAUGAAAUUCUCCCUCUCCUGAAAAAACACAAAGUCAUUUACUUUACUCAUACAGAUUCUCGCCUAGCCAACAAUGGCCUUCCUAGUUAUAUUCAGAAAUUAAGAUGCCGAGUUAACUAUAGAUCUUUGAAGUAUUCCCAAGCAAUUGAAGAUCUUGGUGCUACCUUGGUUUCAAGGAUGCACCAGGAUGGAAACCCAUAUCUUGCUCUCCAUCUAAGGUUUGAGAAGGAUAUGCUAGCUUUUACAGGUUGCAGCCAUAGCUUGACAUCAGAAGAAGAAGAAGAAUUGCGUAAGAUGCGUUAUGAGGUUAGUCAUUGGAAGGAGAAAGAAAUAAAUGGAACUGAGAGAAGAAGUAUGGGUGGUUGCCCUCUGACUCCUAUGGAAACUUCACUUCUACUCAAAGGAUUGGGUUUCACACGAAGCACCAGAAUCUACUUGGUUGCAGGUGAAGCUUUUGGCAAUGGAAGCAUGCAGGCACUGUUGGAUGAUUUUCCCAAUAUCUAUUCUCAUUCUACCCUUGCAACAAAAGAGGAACUUGAGCCCUUCAGAAAUCACCAAAAUAUGCUUGCUGGUCUAGACUAUAUUGUCGCUCUCCAGAGCGAUGUCUUUCUUUACACGUAUGAUGGUAAUAUGGCAAAAGCUGUACAAGGUCAUAGACGUUUUGAGAACUUCAGGAAGACAAUCAACCCGGAUAGGAUGAGUUUUGUGAACCUGGUAGAUGAAUAUGAUGAAGGAAGGGUGUCUUGGGAUGAAUUCAGCUCCGAGGUAAAACGCAUACACGCAGAGCGAAUAGGUGCUCCAUACCUCAGGGAGCCUGGAGAAUUCCCAAAGCUGGAAGAGUCUUUCUUUGCAAAUCCGUUGCCUGGCUGUAUAUGCGAGAAACUUAGUGACGAGUGAGCAUGUAUAUGUUUGAUGAUUCAUUAACCAGCUACGCCACAUAGGUCAGGAUAUAUAGUGCCCCUCUGCUUCCUGACGGCGGAUCAGCGGCGAUACGCACCGUUAUUCAGCCUUGGCCACCCAUUUUCAGCUUCAUCCAUCAAGGUUUGCUGCAGGACAAGUCUGGCAGCUGCUGAUCAAUUUUCCAGCAGCCAGAGCACGUCAUAUGAGAAAUCUGGCGUAUCACCGCAAUUGCAGUUAGUAUAUGGAAGGUAAAUACUACGGAGGAAAAACACUAUAUCAUAGCUUUUUUUGGUGCACACGUACACACGGUGCUUCCCAUUUUGCUGCUGUUGAACUGCAUUAUGUGGACUCAAUACAACUGAAUGUUGCCACUUGUAUUUUACCCGGAUAUACAUAAGUAAACGAAAGAGAAUUUGCUAUGGCUGGAGCCCCUGGUGUACCUGUCCCAGCAUUUCUUUCUCUUUUAAAGGCAGAAUUUUAUCCCAUUGUUUA